GAAGCCUUAAGUUGUUUCUUGAUCGCUAUUGAGAGAAAUCAAGGAUGUCGUCGAUGGCCACGGACGUGUCGCUGAACGGAAGCAUGAGAAGUCACGACACCGCCAACUCAAUCUUUGAGAUUGACGACUCCGAUAUUUUGAAGUUAAUGGACAGGCCAAGGCCGAUAAAUGUAGAGAAAAACAGAUCGUUUGAUGAGAAGUCAUACUGUGAGAUGUCGAUCACUCUAUCGCCUCGUCCUUCUUAUAGGAUGGGUGACAACUUUCGCAUGCUGGAACAUCUUGAGUAUGUAUACUCUCCAGGAAGAAGGUCGGGCUUUAACACUCCGAGAUCCGAGAGUUACUACGAGGCGCAUCCUAUGAUUGCUGAUGCAUGGGAAGCCCUGAGAAGGUCUGUGGUUCGCUUCCGGGGGCAACCUGUUGGGACUAUUGCCGCUCUGGAUCAUUCUACGGAAGAACUGAACUAUGAUCAGGUCUUUGUUAGAGACUUUGUCCCCAGCGCGUUGGCGUUUCUGAUGAAUGGCGAGACGGAAAUAGUGAAGGAAUUCCUUCUCAAAACACUUCUCCUCCAAUCACAAGAGAAGAUGGUCGACCAGUUCAAGCUGGGGGAAGGGGUAAUGCCCGCGAGCUUCAAGGUGAUCCAUCACCCGGUGAGGAAUUACGAGACCUUGACUGCAGACUUUGGCGAGAGCGCAAUAGGGAGAGUAGCCCCGGUGGACUCGGGAUUCUGGUGGAUCAUACUGCUCCGUGCGUAUACCAAGUCCACAGGCAAUUCAUCCUUGGCAGAUUUGCCCGAGUGCCAAAGGGGCAUGCGCCUUAUCCUGAGCUUAUGUCUCUCGGAAGGCUUCGACACGUUCCCGACGCUGCUCUGCGCAGAUGGAUGCUGCAUGAUUGACAGGAGAAUGGGUGUGUAUGGGUAUCCGAUUGAGAUCCAGGCCCUCUUUUUUAUGGCGCUCCGAUGUGCCCUGGCCUUGCUUAAGCAAGACGGUGAGGGCAAGGACUUUGUGGAGAAGAUUGUGCAGCGCCUCCACGCAUUGAGCUACCACAUGAGGAACUAUUUCUGGCUGGACCUGAAGCAGCUCAAUGACAUAUACCGGUACAAGACCGAGGAGUAUUCUCACACGGCAGUCAACAAGUUCAACGUGAUGCCUGCUUCUCUUCCCGAUUGGGUGUUUGAUUUCAUGCCGAGACGCGGCGGUUACUUCAUCGGGAACGUGAGCCCAGCGAAGAUGGACUUUCGGUGGUUCUGUUUGGGCAACUGCGUGGCCAUCUUGUCGUCCCUGGCGACCCCUGAACAGUCUGCAGCCAUAAUGGAUCUGAUAGAAGAACGCUGGGAAGAGCUGGUCGGUGAGAUGCCGCUGAAGAUAUGCUAUCCGGCGAUAGAAAACCACGAAUGGAGGAUCGUCACGGGAUGCGACCCGAAGAAUACUCGGUGGAGCUAUCAUAAUGGAGGGUCCUGGCCAAUGCUUCUCUGGCUCCUCACGGCGGCAUGCAUCAAGACUGGGCGCCCGCAAAUAGCGAGGCGCGCCAUCGAACUCAUCGAGAGCCGGUUGUCAAAGGACCACUGGCCCGAGUACUACGACGGGAAGCUCGGCAGGUACGUCGGGAAGCAGGCCCGGAAGUUCCAGACCUGGUCCAUCGCCGGUUACCUGGUGGCCAAGAUGAUGUUCGAGGACCCGUCUCAUCUGGGAAUGGUCUCGCUCGAGGAAGACAAACAGAUGAAGCCCCUACUAAAGAGAUCUGCUUCAUGGUCCUGUUAACCACACAUAUGUUCCCUCCAAAACUCUAGGAGCUUUAUAACGCAGCUUAUUCAUAGUAUGAAUUCGUGAACAUUUGUGAAGAUUGAUGCAAGCGCAACGCGAACGUACACAUUUUUCAGAUUCAAUAUUGGGUUGGCAAAUUGUUCUGGCGACAAUAAUGGAGAUGGGUUAUACUUUACCAUAUGUAAAUGCCAUCACAUGAAAUGGACCAGGUCUCAGUUAUCAUCUGUUCCUCCUCAUUCACUGGAUCACUGCAUCGCCACGAGCACUGCCUGAGGCAA